AAAACAAAGAGCCCGUGAACGCGGCAUGUCAAACAGUCGGUAUCCUCGCAACCCGCGGACAACAGCGUCAUCGAGCUGAGGAUUCAGGUUUUCGGAGUUUUUAGUUAUUAUUAUUAUUAUUAUUAUUUGUUUGUUUUUUAGCCGAAGAAAAUGGACGUGUCCCUCGAGGCUCAAACCAAACCGCUCGCGACCUUGUCGGCCUUCAGUUACAUCCCGCCGCGACGGAAGGAACCGAAGGAGAUGUCGUACUUUAACAAAGAAUCCACGGCCCCAGAGGCCUCCACGUACGACCGCGUGUUCCACCAGGCGGAGGGCUACGACCAGAGGCUGCACCGAGACGACAGGAGACACUAUAAAGGAAAAGGACUGAACAUCGGCCGGGAGGAGGAGGAGUCCAGAGUGAUACCGGUGUGCUCUUCUGCAGAAUACGGCCGUCGACCCGUUCACGACCUCUACCAGACGAGCUCGCAGCACGCGCGCGUGGAUUGCAUAAACACAGAAUUUUACAGGAAGAACGGGAUCACCUGGAAUGUGGCCGAAGUAUUCGGAUCGGUGACCCCGUCUUGAGAGCAUCGCGGGUGUUGGUUCCCUCUGAGAGAAACAAUAAACCGGUGUUGGAGCAUGUGGAUUUCAGUUCAGUUGAUGGGUCCAUUCAAACUUUUUAACCUUCAUUUGGAAUCAGAUGGUAUUCUUGAUAUACUGCUGUAUUGUAUCCUGGUCAUAAGUGAGAUUUAUUUUUACUCAAAGUGAAAUGUGAUCUUUCAAAAGAAUAACAAGAUGUGAACAUUUGCAGGAAGCUUGUGCGACAUUUUCUAGUUUGAGGCUGAAAUAACUCCAUCAGUAUGGAGUGCAAUUUAAAAGUUCAGAGGGUGCAGACAGACUAUAAAUCCAGAAAUGUCUUCCAGUUAUUGCAUUUUGAUAUUGCGCAUGAUAUCAAAGAUCAGUCUUGUUUCAGUAUAAUAAGUCGCUCGGAUUAAAAAGACUGAAUG